AUGUCUCCUGGAAAGGGGCUGCUUCUUUGGCUAGCAUGGACGGGGGCUUUGGUAGCCCUGAGCCAACAAACUCCAAGGUUGCUGAUGGUCGCCCCCAGCGUGGUGCCUAUGGGGGCAGAAGUGGCGGUUGUGCUUCAGGUCGAGGGAGCCUCCUCUGGGCUCUCUGGCACAGUCUAUUUCCAGAACCAGAUUAACGGGGUGAAAUGCUCUGCUGAGCAGCCGUUUAAUCUUCAGCCCAACGAUUUCUUGCAAAGAAUUACACUGAAGGUGACCCAUGAACUCUUCUCUCAAUGCGGACUGUCUAACCAGAAAGUGCAACAUUAUAUUCAACUUGUUGCCCAGAGCCCUCAACUCCCCAAAAACGGUGGCAAAGAGUUUCUCAACCUGCGUUGGAGUGCCCGACAAGGGUACCUGCUAGUGCAGACUGACAAGCCUAUCUAUACCCCUCGGCAGAAGGUGAACUUCCGAAUCUUCGCCCUGGACCACAAACUGAGGCCAAGCUCCGAACCCGUCAUCAUCACUGUUCGGAACCCACGGGGUAUUCAAGUCCGGAGAGAUCAGCGUGUCGCAAUUAACUUCGUGAUCAGCGAUCACAUCACUAUCCCAGAUAUCGCUGAGCCCGGCAUUUGGAGUAUCGCAGCUCAGUUCGUCAACACUUUGGCUUUCAACACUACUACAGAGUUCGAAGUGAAAAAAUAUGUGCUUCCUAAUUUCGAGGUAAUGAUCAUUCCAGAACGGAAAUAUAUCCUGCUUUCCGGACAGCAGGACUCCGAAUUGCAAAUUGAUAUUCAGGCUAAAUUUUUCUACGGGAAGGGGGUUGCUGGAACAGCCUACGUGCGAUUUGGCGUCAGUGAUGACGAUGGAGCAAAAACUUACAUUCCAGGACUGGAGCAACAAGUCUCAGUAAUCAAUGGGCAUGGCUCGGUAUCCCUGAAACGCAGCCUCCUGUCGGAAAAACUGGGGCGUCCUCUGCAGGACCUAGUUGGAACAGCGCUCUACAUCGCGGCCACAGUCAUAGAGACAGCAAGUGGAGAGAUGGAAGAGCAGGAACUUGCAUCUGUGAAAUUUGUGGAAUCUCCAUAUUUGCUGGACUUGUCCAAAACCAAGCAGUAUUUUGUGCCUGGGGCACCAUUCGAAGUGCUGGCUACUAUUUCACUCUCAGAUGGCACACCUGCCCCCCACCUCCCAGUUCAUUUCUCCACCCUGGUAGCUGGGGGGACAUCCCCUGAUAAUGCGGCAGUAAACACUGACAACCGUGGGGUCGUGACGUACAGGAUCAACAUCCCCUCUGGAGCAAAAGAAGUCACUUUUACGAUAACAGCGGGGACGGAGUCUCCGGCCGAAGCCACGCUGACCGCAAAAGCCAUGAAUUCCGAAACAGGCAGAUACUUGAUUAUCGACAGUCCAAAACACCAAGACUUGAGCCCUGGAGAGACCCUCAAUCUGGGGCUGAAACAUGUUGGACCGGAUGACUUCUCCCACUUCUACUACAUGGUUUUGAGCAAAGGGGACAUUGUCUCCGCCAGCAAUGUGACCCGUGGCUCCUAUAUUGUGGUCCCCGUCCACAUCUCGCCCAACCUGAUGCCGGCGUUUCGGUUCGUGGCCUUUUACCGCGUGGGGGACCAAGUCGUGGCAAACUCCAUCUGGGUGGACGUCGUUGACACCUGCGAAGGGAAGCUCGAGCUGCGCCUCACACCGGACAAAGCCAGUCAGUAUCGACCCCAGGGUGACUUGAAACUCACCAUUGACACCAACGACAAAUCAUCUUCCGUCUCGCUUGCUGCUGUGGACACGGCUGUCUACGCCCUCAAUCGGAAAAAUCGCCUCACUCAGGGCAAGGUCUUCCAGGCCAUGGAAAGUUACGAUCUGGGCUGCACAGCUGGCAGCGGGGAAAACACCCUUGGCGUUUUUUAUGAUGCUGGACUCUCCCUCAGCAAUGGGGAACAGUACAGCCUGCCCCGAAAAGCCCAUGGGUGCAGUGCCGACAUUUCCCGGAAGAAGCGUUCAUUGCAGAUCCAAGUCCAACUCCAGGAGAGGCUUUCCAACUAUUCAGCCUCCAAGUUUCAAAGCUGCUGUCGGGACGGCAUGGUGCUGAUCCCCAUGCCAUUAUCGUGCGAGCAGCGCGCCAGGCGGAUCGAGGGAGAGUGCCGUGACGCCUUCCUCGACUGUUGCCGAUAUGCUGCCGAACUACGACGCAAGUCUGGGGGUCACCGUGGUCUUGCUCGGGAAGAGGAGGAAGAGGAUUUCUUUGAUGACGAAGUCGUCAAAGUCCGGAGCGUCUUCCCUGAGAGCUGGCUGUGGAAAACAUUCACUGUGGACCAGAAAAAGACGGAAACAGUGGUGCUUCCUGAUUCCAUCACCACCUGGGAGAUCCAGGCAGUGAGCAUGUCACAUAGCACAGGGAUCUGUGUCUCAGAACCUCUCCAAAUUAAAGUCUUCCAAGAGUUCCACAUCUCUCUGAGGCUGCCUUACUCAGUGAAACGCUUUGAACAAAUUGAGCUCCGUCCAGUUCUGUACAAUUACCUGCCUGACUCAGUCAAGGCCUCCGUAUAUCUGGAACCUGCUGAGGGCAUCUGCUCUCCGGCCACGGUGGGCCCAGCAAGAAAGCAGCAGGUGGACGUGCCAGGGAACUCAGCGGUCCCAAUCCCAUUUGUUCUGGUGCCCAUGGGAGCAAACAACAUCCCCAUCACAGUCGUUGCCCAUGGUGGCUGGGGGGCUGGGGACAAGGUGACAAAAGUGCUACGGGUUGAGAAAGAGGGUGCCGUUCAGGUGGAAGAAUACACCGUCCCCCUGGAUAUUGCAGAGGGCCAGAUCAGAUCUGUGGAGAUUAAGGGAGAGAUGCCGUCCAAUGCCAUUCCAGAUGGGGACUUCAAGAUGAACGUUCGCCUGACAGGAUCCAUGCCAGCCGACACUCUGGAGAGUUCUCUGUCGCCUGAAGGGCUGUCGUCGCUGCUGCAGGUUCCGACGGGUUGUGCCGAGCAAACCAUGCUCCGUCUGGCCCCGGGGGUCUACGCCAUGCGCUAUCUAGACCAGACGGAGCAGUGGCUGAAGCUCAAACCAGAGAGCAAAGAACAGGCGCUGGAGAAUCUUCGUACAGGCUACGAGCGAAUCCUCACUUUCCGGAAGUCUGAUGGGUCUUAUGGGGCUUGGAUCUACACCCCAAGUAGUACCUGGCUGACGGCUUUUGUGGUGAAAGUUUUGUCUCUGAGCCGUGCAUACCAGGCGGUGGAUGAAGCCAAGAUCCGUGAGUCGGUGCAGUGGCUGCUGAGAAAACAACUGUCGGAUGGCUCCUUCCAAGACCCAAAUCCUGUCUAUCAUCGGGAGAUGCAGGGUGGCGUUGGUGGCCUUCAAGGGGGAGUUUCGCUCACGGCCUUCGUCACCAUUGCGCUUCAAGAGGCAGUGGCCAUGUAUGGCGGAAAGGAGUUGGACCCAAAGAAGCAAACAGAGAAAGAGGAACAGCUCAGCCAACUGAAAAAUAAGCUCUCUCAAGCCACCGCCUACCUGGCCCGCUCGCUGGACAAGCCAUCUCUGGGCCCCUACCCUGUCGCCAUCUCCAGCUACGCCCUCUCGUUUGCUUCGGACAACCGGUCUGCCAUUGCCUUUGCCGAUGGCCUCCUGAAGAGGCUCGCCACGAAGGAUGAAAACGACACGGAGAUUCACUGGGCGGUGGAGGGCCAUGGACCCUCAGCCAUCUCGGUGGAGGCCACGAGCUACGGGCUCCUCCACUUGGUGCUGCAAAAGGACACCGUAACAGCUGGCAAAGUAGCAAAAUGGCUGACAGAACAGAGGAAUUAUGGUGGAGGCUUCAAAUCAACACAGGACACUGUGGUAGCUCUGCAAGCUCUCUCCCAGUACUGGAUCAGCACCUUCGACAAUGAAGGCAACGAACUGAAAGUGACCCUCACCACUGCUGGGAGAAGCUUGCCAAAACGAAUCUCCUUUGGGAGGUCGGAGGACCCAAUCCAGGAAGAGCUGCAGUUUCCCUUGGGAAGUAACAUCCAGGUCAAGGUGGAAGGGAAAGGAAAAGGGACUUUGACUGUCCUGAAACAGUUUCACGUCAUGGCUGUGCAGAACACCUCCUGCCAAACCCUCGGCUUAAAGGUAGAAGUGAGCGGCUCUGUUCGCCGAGAUGCAACAUUGAGCGAGUACUACUAUGAGGACGAAGACUACGACACUGGAGAAUCGCAGGCUGCCGACCAGCCUCUUUCGCCUAUCCAGUUAUUUGAUGCCCGCCAGCGCCGCAGGAGGGAAGCCAAAGGUCCUGACCAGCAGCGGAGAGACGUCACCUAUAAUGUCUGCAUCUGGAGGCAACCAGGGGCACGCGUCUCAGGCAUGGUCGUUGCUGACAUCACCAUGCUCAGUGGCUUCCAGCCGGACCGGGAUGACCUUGACAAGCUGCGAGAUCUCGCCGAUCAAUACAUCAGCCAUUGGGAGUUCCAGGGGCAACAGCUGCUGCUGUAUUUUGACACGGUGCCAGCGUCCGGCCAGGAAUGUAUUUCCUUUGGAGCAAAACAGCUGGUCGCUGUGGGAAAACUCCAGCCAACAAGCGCCUCCCUCUAUGACUUCUAUGAGCCGGAGAAGCGCUGCAGCAUCUUCUACGGUAUACACAACAAGGAUCAGUUUGUGUCGGCGUUGUGCUCAGAAGAUGUCUGCCAAUGUGCGGAAGGUGCCUGUCCGCGUUUGAAGCGAACUCUCAAGGAAACCAUUACAGGAGACACUCGUAUGCAGUUUGCGUGUUACAAUCCCCGUGUACACUACGCCUUCCGGGCUCGAGUGGAGAGCGAAGACCAAGAAAGCGCCUUCCGUGUCUAUAAAGUGACCAUCCUGGAGCCCUUGCAGUUCACCUCAGACAUGGGGGCCUCUGCUAACCAGGUCCGACGUUUCGUGGUUCGUGCUGCGUGUCGGACGCGCUUGGCAAAAGGCAGCGAAUAUCUUCUGAUGGGACGUGAUGGAGAAACGCGGGACUCUGAAGGCCGCCCUCAGUACCUGCUGGAUUUGAACGCGUGGGUGGAGGAGCUGCCCGAUCCCAGAAACUGCGGAGCCACCAAGAAUCGCAACAGCUGCAUUGACCUUCAGUCUUUUAUGAGCUCCUUUGCUGAGAACGGCUGCCGCAUCUGA